AUGAUUCAGGAUUGCGGUUUUUUGGAAUUUCCCUAUCUUGGAGACUACCUGUCAUGGAGGGGCUGGCGGGAUAAAAAGCCGAUUCGGUGCCGGUUGGAUAGGGCUCUCGGAACUGAGGAGUGGCAUGACCAGUAUCUGGAUACGGUGACGGAAUACUUGCCUAUGAUCGCCUCGGAUCAUAAACCGUUGGUGGUGAGUAUUGGGGCUAAGCGACCACGUGGUCGUCGAUGCUUUAUGUUUGACAAGCGUUGGAUUGUCACCAAAUUAGGGAACUGUCGUCGCGCAAUAUCGCAGUGGCGGAAAGAGCAGGUUCCUUAUGGGCGGGAAACGAUAGAGGAUCUUAAAAGGAAACUGGAGGUGGCGCAGGCUGAUGAUUCGGUUGGACAGGAGGUCCUGUCGGACCUAACAUCCAGAUUACGUGAGGCCUACAGGGACGAGGAGAUUUAUUGGUACCUUAAGAGUCGGAACCGUUGGAUGAGGGUGGGCGACAAAAAUACAAAGUAUUUUCAUGCACAAACAAAGCAGCGGCGGGCUAGGAAUCGAAUAGUUGGCCUGUAUGACAGGAAUAAUGUUUGGUCUACGAAGGAUGAUGAUAUUUGCAAGACGGCAGUCUCAUAUUUUGAGGAUCUUUUUACUUCGAUUUCCCCGGAUUCCUUUGAGGAAGCUUUAAGUGAGAUUGAGGGGGUUAUUACGGAGGAGAUAAAUGACCGUUUAACGGCUCCAGCAACAGAAGCAGAGGUCCGCAAGGUCCUGUUUAUGAUGCACCCAGAUAAAGCUCCGGGUCCGGAUGGUAUGACUGCUUUGUUUUUCCAGAAGGCUUGGGGGGUGGUCAAAGCAGACCUGGUCUCCACGGUUAAUCAAUUUUUUGAGGAGGGGGUUUUUGAUAGGAGCUUAAAUCGGACGAACUUGUGUCUUAUUCCAAUGGUGGCCAAGCCGACCCGGAUGACAGAGUUACGUCCGAUUAGCCUAUGUAAUGUGGGGUACAAGAUCAUUUCCAAGAUCCUGUGCCAACGGUUGAAAUUGGUGUUACCAAAGCUUAUCUCGGAGACUCAGUCUGCUUUUGUGCCCGGUAGACUAAUAUUGGAUAAUAUUUUAAUUGCCCAGGAGAUGUUCCAUGGCCUCAGGACAAAUCCAUCCUGCAAAGGGAAGUUUAUGGCAAUUAAAACGGAUAUGAGCAAGGCUUAUGAUAGGGUUCAGUGGGGUUUUGUGGAAGCUCUGCUAAGAAAAAUGGGUUUCUCGGGUGAUCCAUUAUCUCCCUAUCUUUUCAUUCUCUGUACAGAAGUUCUUAUUGCUAAUAUUCGGAAGGCGGAGAGGGAGAAACGAAUCACGGGGAUCAAGGUGGCUAAUAAAUGUCUGGCUAUCACGCAUUUGUUGUUUGCGGACGAUAGUCUGUUUUUUUGCCGGGUAGACAAGGAUCAGUGUGGGGUCAUUCUGGACAUCUUAAAACAAUAUGAGGCGGUCUCCGGGCAACAGAUUAACUUCGAUAAAUCUUCCAUUCAAUUUGGUCACAAGGUCGAGGAAGGAGUCAAACGUGAGGUGCAAGAGGUGCUCGGUAUUUUGAAUCUGGGUGGGAUGGGAUCGUACUUAGGGAUACUGGAGAGUCUGGGAGGAUCCAAAACGAAAGUUUUCUCUUACGUUCGGGAUCGUUUGCAAAACCGUACAAACGGGUGGACAGCGAAACAACUGUCCAGAGGAGGGAAAGAAGUUAUGAUAAAGUCUGUCGCCACUGCGUUGUGGCGUCUGAUUGAGGCCCCGGAGUCCCUUUUUGCACGGGUUUUUAAGGGCAGGUAUUACAGGAACUCAAAUCCUAUGGAUCCUAUUUGUUCUUACUCUCCAUCCUAUGUGUGGCGGAGUAUUGUUUCAGCUAGAUCUUUGGUCAACAAAGGGCUCAUUAUACGGGUUGGCUCUGGUGAUUCCAUUUCUAUAUGGACUGAUCCAUGGAUUCCAGCUCAAUCCCCAAGACCAGCUGUGAGCAAGGGACCUUUACAGGACCCUUCUCUGAAAAUUUCACAUCUUAUUGACCGUCAAUCUAAUUUUUGGCGUCUUGAUAUGCUCUUUGAGCAUUUUCCCCCGGAGGAGGCUGUUUUGAUCAGGGCUAUACCUUUGGGUAGUUCUCAAACGGAUGACUCGUUGGGUUGGCACUUUACAAAAUUAGGAAAUCAGGCGAAUUUACGGUGGCAAGGCAUUGCUUGUGACUCGGGGUGUGCCCGUUGUGGGGCGGAUGAGGAAACGGUAAAUCAUGCUAUUUUUCGAUGCCCACCAGCUCGACAGGCUUGGGCUUUAGCUCAGGUACCGGUUGGGGAGGUUUCUUUCCCCACGACCUCUAUAUAUGCAAAUGUGGAUCACUUUUUGGGCACUGACAACCCGGGUGCUCAGGUUGCGGCUUUCCCCUGGAUUAUGUGGUAUAUCUGGAAGGCACGGAAUGCUCGGGUCUUUGAGAAUGUCGUAGAAAAGCCAGAGGAGGUUGUUCGGAUAGCGGUAGGGGAAUCAACCACUUGGUUACAGGCUCAAAUAGAGGAGGAGGUAGAGGAUCAACUCGGGAAUUCACGUGUCUCUACUGCUAGGGAGAUAGGACGCGCAAGAUCGCUGCCCACUGCCUCUUCGGGUUACAGGUGUUUAGUUGAUGGGUCUUGGAAAUUGGGAGACGUUUACGCGGGUGCAGGUUGGGUGUGUUCAGCCGCUAUGGAUGGGUCGAUGAUUAAAGGAGCCACCAAUUUCUGUCAGAGUCUUUCCCCAUUGCAUGCAGAAGUAGAAGCCUUUGUUUGGGCUAUGCGCUGUAUGAUUGGACAUGAUUUUCGAGAAGUAGCUUUUUAUACAGAUUGCUCAGACUUGGUGAAGAUGGUGUCUUCCCCUCAAGACUGGCCGGCGUUCAAGACUUAUCUCGAUGACAUCGUUUUGGAUAGGGAGGAGUUCACGUCUUUCUCCCUUUCUUUGAUCCCAAGAAGUGUUAAUGUUAGUGCGGAUUCUUUGGCACGCCAAGCGCGUACUUCACCGCAACAUGUUUUAUUUGUAGACUCUUUUCCUUCGCAUUGGCUCAUAUGA